AUGGAUUUCGAGUCCAAAUUAGAAGGCAUUCUUAACCAAUGCAGACAUAAUGACGUCGACGUCAAAAUCGACGCCUUGAACAAGCUGCAAGCUGAAUUGCUGUCAGGAGCUGGGAUUAUCGAUUCUGACGCUGUCGUUAAUGUUCUUAAAGCGUGUCUUCGUAAUUCGAACCAACAUCUAACGACCGCCACCCUAUCGGUCUUGCCUUCAAUUCUCUCUGUCCUCAUAUCUAAACCUUUUCAUCUUUCGUUGCCUCGUAAUGGUCAAUCCUCGGUUGACUCAUCCACAUCAUCUACUACACCCUCGACCAUUGUGGACGUCGUCACCUUACGUCAGGUUCUUAGCGCUCUUUUACCGCCAGGCGGGUUAUUUGAUCGCUUAGGAGACAAGGAGAAGGCUCAACUGAAGGCUCGUGAAACUCUCGUGGUGUUGGGUGGUUUGACGUUUCGUGCUCCAGGUCAGAGUACGUUAUCCACAAGCUCGCGGGGUGGGAAGGGAGUGGAGACUCCAUUAGCAAUUUUCGAACGGUUUCUUCGUGAGGCUGGGCUUUCCAGUAAGGUUUGGAAGGUUCGGGAACAGUCAAUCCUAACUCUCGUUCACAUUCGACGGCAAUGCCACAUGUUCCCCGUUCGCCCUUACCUCCCUCUUCUUGUUGGUUGUUUGGAGGAUAUGGAUGCUCAUGUCCGUGAAUGCGCUCGCACAUCUGUUGUCGAACUGUUCACAGGACCUGCUGUUACGGAUGCUGCCAGGACUGAUCUGAAAAAAGAGCUGACGAAAAGGGGCGUGCGAAAAACGAUUGUGGACGGUGUCCUGUCCAAGCUCCUUGGGAACGGUUCAUUCGACGCCACAAGCAACCCAACGAGCCGUGAAGGUUCAGAAAAUGGAGAUACCGCCGCUUCGAAACCAAAGGAGUAUAUACCCCCAAGUAUUGCCCUUCAACAACGAAAACCUUCGGGUACUAUGGGCUCGUUACCUCGGUCAAUGAGCCAAGUAAGCGUGAAGGAGAUACCUCGCCCUCUAAGUAGGACAGCGUCUGCUACUUCGCCUCCUCCAGCUACCCCAACAAGCGAGACUUCGUCAGAUGUCAAUCCAGUCUAUAUCGCAUCUGCCCGAGAUCUCGAGACUGAAUUUGCAAGUAUGGCUAAACCUUUUGAUGGGAAGGAAACGGAACACAAUUGGUCACCGCGAGAGCAGGCAAUAUUACGAGUACGCGGAAUGUUGAAAGGAGAUGUCCACAACCGCUAUCUCGACGUGUUCUUGGCUUGUUUGAAGGAAGGAUUCAUCCAGCGAUCGCUCAAAACGCUUGCCAGUCUGAGAACUACCGUUGCUAUCAGCACCUGUUAUCUUUACGACGAGCUGGCUGUAUCACUGGGACAUUUGUUGGAUCCGUUUUGUGAAGCAUUGCUCACCCAUCUCCUCAAAAUGGCUGGUUUCACCAAAAAGCUGACUGCUCAACAAUCACAAGUGUCUGUCACCUCGUUGAUCACUCACACGUCUGGUACACCACGGUUAUUUGUCGCUUUGCUAUGGCAAACACUCCAAGAGAAAAUGGCGCAGAGUCGAAUGUUCGUUAUCGGUCACUUCAAAACCUAUCUUGAAGUACACGGCCAGCGGGUCAAAAAUGCACCCGAAGUUGAGCUUGUAGAAAAGGCGGUCUGCAAAGCCCUGGGGGAUCCCAAUCCUGCGGUGAAGGAAAAGGGACGUGCAUGUUUCUGGGUUUUUCAUUCAAUAUGGUGCAAUCGUGGAACAACAAUUUUGGACAGUCUCGACGCUGUUGGCCGCAAACAGCUCGAGAAAGCAUGUCCAGAUCCGAAUGCCAUGCCAUGCCUUCCAUCUGUAACCCCCACCCCAGCUAAGAAGUCUAGUGUGGCUGCCGCCAUCGCCGCAAGUCGUGCAAAGGCUAAAGCAAUCGCUGCGGCACCACCUACGCUGCGACAUCAAGCCACCUCUGCUUCUCAUGGUAAUGUGCGGCGCCCAGCUUCUCCAGGUCCACUGAAGAGUCCGGUAUCUACACUAAGUGGGCGUCCCACUUCUCCCCUGAGGGUGUCUACAUCACCUCCUUCACCCCGCUCUAGAAUGGUCUCCAAUACCCCAACUCAGCCAGCGUCAGUACCUGCAAUACACUUACGGCAAUCAAGCACCGGAGUGCCUCGUCCAAAAUCGCCUCCCUCCCCCUCCGCCGACCGAGCAAGGCGGACUUCAUCCCCGCUUGCCCCGGUCUCUACCGUUCGUAGGGCAGCGCAAAUCGCACUUCCUCCCUCUCCACCUUCCUCCGCAUCUUCCCCUCCUCGACAGGGUGCCCUAUUCAAAGUCAGACCUGCACACACCUCAAGCACAACCUGGCCACCCGCUCUUCCGCCUGACUUCAAGGGUAUGGACCAUGAAUCACUACUACUCGCUCAAGACAUUCCACUUCCGGAUGAUGACAGCGAUUCGGAACAUUCUGUCAACCUACUAUCUUUCUCGAGUCCCCCUCAUAAAUGGCCACCACCACAACAGGCGCCUGCAUCCGACUCUCGGACGCAUUCGCUGUCACCAAGAUCGGUGGAUUCGAAGCCUAUGGUCUCAAAUGCACUGUCCACGGAUUCAGUGAUUGAUCUAUCUCAGGCCGCGGGUCAACCUGUCGUUGAAGACGCUCUGCGGGCGAGAGCUGAACAGGCUGAAAGUGCAGCGGAACGAUUGUUGGAACUCGUAGAGCCGGAAGAGGAUGGGUCAUCUCAUCCCAGCAUCCCACUUUCGCUAUUGAUCGGUAGCACAAGCAGCGGACCUUCCACGCCGAGGGUCAGCAAGCCCAAAUCUGCACCGUCAGCUAUGCCUGUCACACCGGUCAAUCGUGCAACGGCGAUCAUGCGUCAAGCAGCGCUUUUCAAGGACAGCCCAGCAUCUAAUGGACGUCCAAUUUCGUUGCUAGACGUGUUUCAAGAUCGUAAACAUGAAACGGGUUGGUGGCUAACACGUAAAACAGUCCUUGCUCAACGAAGACUUACUGAUGCUACUCCACCUUCGAGUCAGGAAGUUUUCUUCCAGACUUGUAUCAAGAAUCUCGAGGAAGGGGAAGCUGAUGUAGAUUUGUUGCAGCAGCUGGUGCAUUUCUGUUUGGACAAUCCAGAUAUAGAUGCUGUUUCGCCUAUAAGUCCUGGUGUUGGUCUUCCCACCAGUCCAUCUCCGUUUGAUAGCUCUCACUCGAUGAUGUCGUUACACCCUGGUUUAUGGGAAAAGAACAGAAACUUCGAUAGAUUGUUCGACGCACUGUACAAGUACCUUACAUCCUCUGAACGGAGCGACUCGGAGGUCGAACACGGCCUCAUGAUCCUAUGGCAGAUGCACGAAAGUCUUGCUAUACAUUUGGAAGGCAAGGAAGCUGAGGUUUUCUCAAUGUUGCUGCAAGUACGAUAUUGCAGCAAGUUCAGUGUUCUCGAGGCCACGAAUACUAUACGGGAUACUUUAACAUCGAAGAUUGAGCCUGUAUAUGGUCUCACGACGAUGCAUGCCAGUCUAAAGGCUUUCUAUGCUGAGCCUGCGCCAUCGUUCGCAACCAAUGGGGCGAAGUCUGCUACCUAUGCCUUCGGGCUGAUAGCUAUCGGGAAAUUCAUCCUUCGGCUACCUGCCGAAAUCGCUGAGGAGGAAUUACCUCGAAUCAAGGGAACCCUGAUAUCGGCUUUGAACGAUACUACUUCCCUAGUGGUUCGAGAGGCCUCGGCCGCCGCCGUCAUUUGUGCCCAGCUUGUUCUACGGGAUGAAACACAUUUGUUCACCCUUCUAGAUGGAUUAGCGGACGAGAAGAAAAACCUCCUCACCUAUCUCUUUGACAAACAUGGCGCUCGUGGAGCGUCACGCACUACUCCCAAUGGUUUUGACAAGCUACAGAAAGAGAUGAGAAGGCUUGACACGAGGACAAGCACUCCUCCCCGACCGCUGGCAUGA